CCCGCCAGCAGCUCGUCCCACGAGCCCGAGUCGCACGAGCCCGAGUCGCACGAGUCAGGCAAGGGCGAGGGCAUGCGUGAGGAUGUCGCGCGUGUUGCCCAGGCCCAUUCUACCAGCUCGGCCAAGCGGAUAUUGGUGAUGUCGCUGUGGGUGGCAACCGCCGGGUGGCCACUGAUUUCGAUCCAUUGAUGGCUACAGCUUCUGCCGAGUCGACUGCCUCCGCCCAGCUGCCCAAGUCAUCGGCCAGCCUAGCCACCACCGCAACUGCCUCUGCCGAGUCAUCGGCCAGCCUGGCCACCACUGCGACAGCCUCUGUCGAGUCAGCGGCAGACAGCACCAGCGCAUCGGCGCAGGGGACCAAACGCCGCAAGAUGCACGUGGUGCGUGUCUAUCAGGUGAAGAAGAAGAGCGCUGGGUCCUCGUCGGUCUCUGCUGAGACGAGCAAGGCCGAAAUGCGCAAGCGUGAUGAGGGCAUGGACAAGGCCGACUUCACCAUCACCAUGCCAAACCGGUCUGCAGCAGCCCUGGGCGCCGACGAGUACCAGCCAACAAACGGAGUUCACCAGAAGGUGCGUGCGGCUGAGGACUCGGAGUCUGAUGAAGAGGAGGGUGCGAGGAGGACGUUAGAUCGACCGAGAGGCCCGAUGUCGAUAUUGGAAGGCACCGAGUCCAAGAACGAGAUCGCGGAGACUAUGUCUGCAAUCAGGUCGAUUCUCUCGCUGAUCUCCAUGCAGACCUCCACUGCUGCUCCACAGACCUCCACGACAGUCCCGCAGGCUGCUCUUUGAACGCUCAGUCGUCAUCGAUGACUAUUGUUGCUGAUGACCUGAGCUCGGCCUCUCUUGAGUCCACCUCGGUCGUUUCUGCUGAGUCCACCUCGGCUAUUUCUGCUGAGUCCACCUCGGCUGCCUCUGUUCAGUCCUCUUCGGCUGCCUCUGCUGAGUCUUCCUCGG